CAUGUGUCGUGCCCGUCGUAGCAGCUCCACCUUUCUCUAGCUUUGUUUCACCCGCUCUCGGUGUCAUGACUGACACAUAAACAGAGGUGCCCGCGGUAAAUGGUUCGCAGUGUGUUUUUCUCCCCUGGUUGCUGGCCGCGCGAAAAUACACAAGAGAAAGAGGUCCUUCGACCCUGUGAACGAGACGCCGCAUAACGUCGCACUCAAGACGGUUCGUCCGUCAAUUAUAUACACCACGUUCGACGAUUAAAGUUGCUUAUCGAUUCGCGAACUAUUUCCAAGGAGGCAUUCCAUUGUUCAUAUACGGUUCGCAGUGUGAGGUGGUCAAAGGUUUAUUACACAAAACCUGGGCGUUCCGACGAAGAAGACCAGAACGUACACUACUUUCUUUUCGAUAAUUCGAGAAAGGAAAACGGGGCAGUGAAAAGAGGGAAAACACGAUUACCCCAUACGUGUUUAGUGUGUAAUCGUUCGAGCCACGAAGAGACCGUUCUCUGCGACGAAUAUGAGGCGCUAUAACCACGGCCACGCGGAUCCGUGCUCGUCUUGACUACGAUUCGUGGUGUGAACGACGGGGAGCGCGCGGGGCCCACCGCUUGUCCGAGAGAUGUCUUCGAUAUCAGCGCAGGGGGUUGUCGAAAGAGCCAGCGCCGAGCUAACGAAGAGAAUCAACGGUCUGGGAUUGAGAGCGUCCAAACAUCAUGGUGGGGGAAAGGCCAGCGUCAUGGAGCGCGUUACGAACGUGUUCUGCGGAAGCGGCGGGGUGGCCUACACGAAUCUGCAGAGCGCCAGCAAUGCGAACGCGACCCCGGAAAAGCCGAGCAGAAGCGUGCCGGCGACAACAACGGCUGCGAUGGGCAACAUGCCGAACGUGAACAAUAAGAAUCUGAACAGCGCGGCCGGAGGGGGGACGCCCAGCCGCGGACGGAUAUCCAGGAACCGUUCGAAAAACGUGCCGUUAGCCAGCGGCGGCACCGGCGGUUACGUCGCACCGGUCACGUGGGAUCAGCUGAUGCAGGACGAUCACUUUUUAGGGAAAUUUUUCCUCUACUUCAACGCGAUCGAAAGGAGAAUCUUGGCUCAGGUAUGCUCAAGAUGGAGGGACAUACUUUACGCGCGACCUCGGCUUUGGGCGGGAUUGGUGCCCGUGGUCAGGUGCCGGGAAUUACGCGGCAUGCCGCCCAGCUCGCGUACCCGCCUUUACGCAUCCCUGGUCAGACGUGGUUUCCGCUCGCUGGUCCUUGUCAGCGCCGCGGAUGAAGAUAUCCCGGAACUGACCCACGGAUUCCCCCUUGCCCAACGGAACGUUCACUCGUUGUCCUUAAGGUCCUGCGCGAUCACCGACAAGGGCCUUGAAGCUCUUUUAGACCAUUUGCAAGCAUUGUUCGAGCUUGAAUUAGCCGGUUGUAACGAGAUAACGGAGGCUGGCCUGUGGACCUGCUUGACACCUAGAAUAGUAUCGCUCUCCUUGUCGGAUUGUAUUAACGUGGCCGAUGAGGCUGUCGGAGCUGUCGCUCAAUUGUUGCCGAGCCUUUACGAGUUCUCGUUACAAGCUUACCACGUCACCGACGCCGCCCUCAGUUAUUUCAACUCGAAGCCGAGCAGCGCCCUCAGCAUUCUGAGGCUCCAGUCCUGCUGGGAGCUUACCAAUAAUGGUGUAUACAAUAUUGUACAUUACUUGCCGCAUCUGACCGUAUUGUCGCUGUCAGGGUGCAGUAAAGUGACGGACGACGGCGUUGAGUUUAUAGCGGAAAACUUGCCAAGACUUCGUUCCUUAGAUCUGAGUUGGUGCUCAAGGAUUACUGACACAGCCUUAGACUAUAUUGCCUGUGAUUUGAAUCAGUUAGAGGAGCUUACGUUGGACAGGUGUGUCAAUAUCACGGACAUAGGUGUAGGCUACAUCUGCACAAUGGGAUCAUUGAGCGCAUUGUUCUUGAGAUGGUGCUCACAACUUAGGGACUUAGGUCUUCAGAACUUGUGCGUCAUGAAAUCCUUACAAGUACUCUCCGUUGCUGGCUGCCCAUUGCUCACGAGUAGCGGAUUGUCCAGUCUGAUACAGCUUCGACAUUUACACGAGCUAGAGCUGACCAACUGUCCAGGAACCUCUCAGGAAUUAUUCGACUAUUUACGUGAGCAUCUGCCGCGCUGCCUAAUCAUCGAAUAAAAUCGAUCACGAUAUCCACAGGGGCAGGGAAUGCCCUCUAGAUGAUUUCUUUGCGUUUCAACGAUGCACGACGCCGCGGCCGAGAAACAUAGCACGGCGGAGUUUGUAUUCCUAAGAGCGAACAGAAAGACGAAGGGAAGAAGACAAUGUUUCACGUAAAGCAAUACUUAGAAAGACAAUGGUUAACGACGACCGAGGGGGAAACAUCGUACAGAUAGGGAAAAGCAAUUGACGUCCAAACGCGAACUAAGUACUGUGUUUUGUUUCUCAUGUAACGAUCUAUAAACAAGAAAAAGAAAACUGGAAAGACGAAAAAAAAAAUGAGAGACACUAGCCCCUAAACGUGUAAAGUAAACAAUGAGGAUACUAAAUAGCGCAUAUAGGCAUUUUUAAUACACCAGAGCUCCCGUAUCAAUCGCACCCCUUCUGUUCACACUAGAUUCUUCGAUAAUGGCCGGUAGACGGUGGAUUGAAACACGUAAAAAUGCAACAAUAAACCAUCGAAGGAGUUCGUAAUGUCUUCGUUCCCAGAGAAUCCCUUUUCUUUUACAGUGGACUCUAAUUAUAUUGCCACAGUCGGCGUUGUAGAGAAGUAAAAUGGUAAUUAGUUCAGAACC